CAAAAGUUUACCAUUUGUCAUAUUUAUCAUUAGUUUCUUGCGCCAAAUUUUCCUCUUUUUACAAAAGAGAACUUGAAGCUUGGCGUGAUUCAAAACUUUUGGCGUGAAAUCAAUCGACUAACAACCUAGCAACCCUCUCCGAAAGUUUGUGCGCCUAAAAACUUAUUUGGCGCGGUUGUUCUCUCCUCAGCUGGAAAGUUCUCAAUAGAUUUGACGCUGGUUCGAAUAUCGUCCGCGAUAAUUUUGGUAUGUGCAUAACAGUUUCUUCGGCUUACUCAGAAAUUAUUUAAAAAUAGUUAUAUAUUUGAUCCUUACCUCAACAACAGCUUGUACAUUCUCUACAUUGACUUCAAAUAUGUCAAUGAAGAGCCAUUCAAGAGAUCGUUCUAAAAUCCAGCCUGCAAUUUUAUCUCGCAAAAGAAAAGCAGAAAAAGAAAUAAUGAUCACAUCUCCUUCAUCUGAAUUCUCAUCACCUUCCUCCAGCAUUGCGACUAGCAGUUGCGAAAACACACCCACAACUGACACAGAAGCUUCUGCAGAUGAAACUGCAUGCAGCAGAAGAUUGUCUCCCUCUGCUCUGAAGGAAUUCAGGGGCUUAGCUAAACUAAUGCAUCCUUUCUCAAAUGCAUGCAAGCGAUCUUCACCUUUGCCAGAACUUGACUGGGCUGAACAGAAAGAAAUGUGGCAUUCUAUGGUUUUGAAAGAUUCUAUUUAUACAAGAAAUAGCAAAGUCCUGAAAAGGCAUCCAGAUUUAGAACCUCGCAUGCGGUCGAUUUUAAUUGACUGGUUGUCUGAGGUUUGUGAAGUUUUCAGAAUUCACAGAGAAACAUUUCACCUGGCUAUUGAUUAUGUUGAUAGGUUUUUAAUGGCUAAAUCAAAUUUACCAAGAAAUUAUCUUCAGUUGCUGGGCGCAACGGCAUUAUUUGUAGCAUCUAAAAUGGAGGAGAUUUAUCCAGCUAAACUAGAGCAGUUUGCUUAUGUUACCGAUGGCGCAUGUGCAGAUACUGAUAUUCUAAAUCAAGAGCUCAUCUUGAUUAUGGUAAGUCCGACUUUUUUUCUUUUUCAGAUGAAAAUGUGUAACUUUUUAUCGGCCGGCGAUCAAAAUACUAUAAUUAUUGGUGACUCGGGAUAGAGCGUUCGCCUUCCA